GAUUUGUGCGGCUGUGUGUGCGUGCGUGUUUGAGAAAUGGAGAGAUAGGCUUAAAGUAUUUUCCAUUUCAUCAAAGAGCAUAUAUUACUUUCCCGGUUCGCUCCAGCGUUUGGUUUUAUGCCCACCCCUUUUCCAUCUGCCCAUGUCUGAGAUGCACAGUGCAGGCGUACAAUCAUGAGCAGCUUACGACACUCAGUGAACACUAGGUGCCUCUGCAUGCUCUACCAACAUACUGCUCGGCUGAAGGGAAAGGAUUCUUGCUGUCUCUCUGCUCUAAGCAUCACCUAACAAGCAAAGCGAACAAAGAAUGGGAAAUAAAGCUACCCUUAGCCGGUCAGUGAAUGCAUGGUAAUCUCUCUAUGGAGUAAAGGUUGUGCCGGUCAAUGGUCGUUGCAAAUGAUGGACAUUAAACAGAUUGCCAAAUCCUGUGGAGUCGUUAGUAAAGAGUUUGGAGUUUUUUUCACGCCACAGUGUUAACUGCAGAGAAAAGGACAGAGGGAGAAGGAGAAGAUCAAGCUCAUGCACAUAGUUCUGAAACUUGCAGGUCCUAGGAGUCAGCUAAAAGCUAGCUGGACAAGCCUUGAGCUCUUUGAGCAGAAGCGAAGUGAGACAUUGUGAGCUUGCCAGCCUUGCACAGCUCUGAAAGGGACCGAAUUUGUAGCACAGAGGGGUCUUUUUUAGCUCUGCAUAUAAUUAGUCCAAACACAAAGGAAGCAACUGAAUGGAGGUUGUCACUCUCUGGAAAAGGGUGGGUAAGACACUUUUUAAUUAAAUUCUUUCAUGAAGAAAGAUUUUUUUUUCUUUGCUGCAGCCUUUAACAUGAACAAAAUCACUAUCAUUUUACCUUUGAAUGUCUGUGAACUUUAAUGCUGCGCAGCUCCUGCAUGCUGUAAAGUGAAAUAUUUGGCUGUGUUUGUUCCGUUUGCUGUUUUGCUUUGGUCUGGGCAUUUUUUUUUGUUGUUGUUGUUGUUUAUUUUCUUUCUUGUUGCUAUUUUUCCUCUUAAAUAAAAUAUGAUGUAGAAUUUGAAAAGAUUCAAUGGACAUUCUCGAGCAUAUUUGGAAAUAUUCUUGCUAAUGGAUUUCCUUCUUAUCGGUCUCUGUUUAAACUGGCUGCUGAGGAAGCCCCCGGGGUUGAUAUUGUGUACGCUGGGUAUCUUUUCUAAAAUGCUUCCAGCCGUGAAUAGUGGGUGUCCACAGCUAUGUCGGUGUGAGGGCAGGCUUUUGUACUGUGAAUCACUGAAUCUCACAGAGAUGCCUCGCAACCUGUCGGGCAUGAUGGGCUUGUCUCUGCGGUACAACAGCCUUUCAGAGCUGCAUGACGGACAGUUCACAGGGUUAAUGCAGCUCACGUGGCUCUAUCUGGAUCACAAUCACAUUUGCUCAGUGGAGGGGAAUGCCUUUCAAAAAUUGCGGCGAGUUAAGGAGCUCACCCUGAGUUCCAACAAAAUCACCCAACUGCCCAACAACACGUUCCGACCCAUGCCAAACUUGCGCAGUGUGGAUUUAUCGUACAACAACCUGCAGUCGCUGGAGCCCGACCUAUUUCACGGGCUGAGAAAACUCACGACUUUGCACAUGCGGUCAAACGCCAUCAAGUUUGUGCCGGUGAGAAUUUUUCAGGACUGUCGCAGCCUGAAGUUUCUAGACAUAGGAUACAAUCAGUUAAAGAGCCUGGCUCGAAACUCUUUUGCGGGCUUGUUUAAGCUCACCGAGCUGCACCUCGAGCACAAUGACUUGGUGAAGGUGAAUUUAGCCCACUUCCCCAGGCUCAUCUCCCUGCACUCACUCUGCUUGCGACGGAAUAAAGUCACCAUCGUCGUCAACACUUUGGACUGGAUAUGGCAACUGGAAAAACUGGAUCUCUCUGGCAACGAAAUCGAAUACAUCGAACCUCAUGUCUUCGAAAGCGUGCCUCACCUCAAGUCCCUGCAGCUGGACUCCAACCGGCUGACCUACAUCGACUCGCGCAUCCUGGACUCCUGGAAGUCUCUCACGAGCAUCAGCCUGUCUGCCAACACCUGGGACUGUGGCCGCAACGUCUGUGCCCUGGCCUCAUGGCUGAGCAACUUCAAGGGCCGCUACGACAGCAACCUGCUCUGUGCUACACCCGAGUACGCGCAGGGCGAGGACGUUUUGGAUGCAGUCUAUGCUUUCCACCUGUGCGAGGACACGGUCGACCCCACCAGUGUCAACACCCUGUCCCCUGUGACCAACAACAGCGACCAAAUGUUUGGCUACGGCUCGGCGGCCGCCACGGCCUAUGUGCCAGAGGCCGAUGAGGAGCCGACAACGUACGCCAUCACCGUGACACUGCCCGGCGAAGGCGCGGAAAACGCCGUGCAGAUUCACAAGGUGGUGACGGGGACCAUGGCACUGAUUUUUAGCUUCCUCAUCGUGGUUUUAGUGUUGUACGUCUCUUGGAAAUGCUUUCCAGCCAGCAUAAGGCAGCUAAGACAGUGCUUUGUAACACAGCGCAGGAAGCAGAAGCAGAAACAGACCAUGCAUCAAAUGGCUGCCAUGUCAGCCCAGGAGUAUUAUGUUGAUUACAAACCCAACCACAUCGAGGGAGCCCUGGUGAUCAUUAAUGAGUACGGAUCUUGCUCCUGUCACCAGCAGCCAGCGAGGGAGUGCGAGGUGUGAUUUGCCUUGGGGAUUUACACAGUGUGCAACCAAAUAGCAGCGCGCAGACAGGGAGCAGAGUGGGGGGUUUGUGGGGCUUUGCUGAGGAUUUCGCGGGCACUCCUCUGCUGAAAUCACAGGAGGAGCUGCCGGCAGAACUUGAUAUUUUAGCUUUAUCAUGUCUUAAAAUCUUCAGGACAGCCAAUCUUAAGAUUUCCUAUGCUAAUACUCCCUUUGAAGAUCUGUCAAUAUUCAGGAAACUGAGAGUGUAAAAAAGGUACUGAUUAUUGAUCUUUUGUAAACUAAGGAAAAUGUUUAAAAUAAAAAAAAAUAGCAUUUACAGUUUUUACAGACUGGUGUAUAUUACCUGAAUUGUUCCCUGUAUACAAAACGCAACAGUUUAACCUUUUUUUCUCUUCAUGCCGAGUGUUGAACCAAAAGCCUGGGAGCAAAGAAGCCACGUAAAAUAGGCUGAUAAAAAUUAACCCAAUGGCUUCCUGUUGUAAUUAGUGCACAUUCACUUCCAUCAUUUUACUGGUGAUAUGAAGCACGACACCAGAAUUCUAUUUGUGUUCCUGCGCUACCUGUAACUGGAUGUUAAUGCAGCCAGUGCACUCCAGAGGGGCUGAAGUUCUGCCCAUGCCCCAGGACUGGGUGUCAAAGGGGCUUUCAAGCACAGCUCACCUGUACGUUGCUGUAAGAGCCAUAAAAACUGCAUCGUAACCCCUAGAAGUAAUUUUUCUAAAAAUCAGAUCAUAUUGCAAAGUCUUGUAAAGAAAUGAACAAGUGAAAUGCUGCUGAAAAAGUGCUAGUCAUUGUCUUCUUUAAAACAAAAGUAUGAGAAAACCCUAAGUGUAAGGGUUGCUAGCAUUUCCCACUUCUAUGCUUGCCCUGAGUUAUGACCAGAGCAAAGAAACCUUUGCUUUAUGCACUGUAGAACCACACUGAGAGGCGAGCAGGAGCAGUUUAGUGCUCACUAGUGCAACCUGUGUGGGUUUGGGGCUCUGAGUGGGACAGAACUACCCAAGCAUACUUCUGGGUUCUCUGGCAUAUGCUAGCAAAGCACGCAUUGUGCCCAUCACUGCCCUCACCAAACGGAACAGCCUGAAACCCACACAGAGGCUGAAGGCAUAGGAAUCCUCCCUACCAAUGACUGAUCCAUGGGAUUUAUGGGUAUGAUCAGUGAUUUGAUAAUGUAGAAUCACACCGCUGCUUUAUUCUGAUUGCCCUUAAAUAAAGGCUUCCUUUCCUUGCAUUUUGGAUUUUUCAUUCUAGUAACAUGAACAACCUACUGCUUGAUCUUUCAAACAACUCCCCUCAUACUAAUGAAGGUGAGGCAGUUUUAUAACACCAGGCAGAGCAUCUUGAAUUUCUCUCCAUAUAGCAUAACAUGCUAAUACAAUGCUGCAGAUAGAGAACCAGGAAACAUUUUUUUAUGCUUUGUACAUAUUUCCCUAUCCCUAAAAUGCAAGAGAGGAAAACUCCAGAAAUCUAACAGAAAUUUUAAUGGAACAUAGAGUUUUUUCAUUUUUUUUUUUCUCUUUUUUUUAGUAGCAUCCAAGUGCUAUCUACUCUUAAAAGGAUACAGCAGUCUUAUAAAGAAGAGAUUAGGCACAGCUUGUGUAAUUUUUUACUGCAUAGCAGCUUUUUAGCUGCUAAUUUUAACCAUAAAGAGUGAGCUUUAUAUUUUUCCUAACUGACACUACUUUUAAGGGUCAAAACUUAUACCUUCCUCUACUUCGUAUAUACAUCACUCUGUUUAAUAUUAAAUAUGAGAUAGUCUUCUAGUAAAAAAAAAAAAAAUAUUUAAAAUGACUAAUGUUAUCAAUGGGAUCAAUGAGAAUAUGCAUUGGGAGAGGAUUCAUCAGGGGAAUUUUAAUAAAAAUAGACCUUUUAAAUGAAAGCCACUGAAAAAUUACCCCCAGGUUUGAAACCAGCUGUCAAACUGGCCCUUUAUCCGCUUAAACAACUGUGCAUUUCUGUUUCUUUGCCUCAAACACACAGGGGCCUUAUCCAUCCCCAAAUUCUCAAUAUAGGAACUCUCAAUAGAGGAACUUAUGAGCAAAGGUACUGUAGGUAACACGAGAAAUUAUUUCAUGCCAUGCUGACUGAGACCAGAAAUGUGUAUUUUCCCCUUUAAAUCCCUCUCCGAAAUCAACUCAGAUCUAAGGUUAACUUCAGACUACGUUAUACAUUCCUCAAAUCAACAUCCAGCACUGCAAUCAGAAGGACUGAUUACAGCUAAAUGCCAGAAAGCUUCCAAAUCCAACCAAGACAUUGGAACAUAUUGUCUACAUAUGGUUAAAAAAAGAAAAGGAAAAAACAACAAACAAAAUCUUUCUUUACAUAGUGACCCCCUGUUACUCAAAGGAAAUGUAUUAGUGCUGUCAUGUUUUUGACCCUGUAAAUCUGAUGCAAAUCUGAUACUGACAAACAAUUAUCCUGUGCUUGUAUUUCUAUGUAUUUUUCAGCAUAGCUGUGAGUUGUAUUUUAAGCACUCUCCCCUGGAAUGAUUCCUGUUGUUUAUUGGUGUUAGCAACCUCAAGCAAAGUUUGCAAGAUGUGAGCAAUUCCACCUUUGCAAUUUAUUCACCCCGUGCUUCAUGCUCGAGUGACAGCUUGAGUAAAUUGAACAGAACAUUUGGCUUUCAAGGGGCUUGAUUCCAGAAGUGAGGGCAAAUUUCAGUAUUGCCUGUUGCCAUUUCUCCUGGAGGGAGGUAAUGACCACCAAUGGUUUGCCACCCCAGCAGGAUGAUGGAUGAACCCUCCAUGUAGAGGAUAGCACUUUAUUAAACUGUCAAAAAUGAGCUGUUUCACAAUCUUCAUGCAAAAAUCUUUUAUAACGGUAAUGUCUUCUAGAGACAGCCUCCUGAUGAUCUCCAGAUAUCUGGAUACUCAUCUGCUGGUGCAAAGAAGACUGCCACCUGCUCCAUGGCACAGAGGUGCUCCGUUGCCUGCCCACAUUUAUUCUAAAAGUUGAUGUGAUAAAAACAUGGAUAAUAUAAAGGACGCAAGGAUUUCAUUUCAAUUCAGCUCUUACAAACCCAUUUAUUCAUCCUGCAACUGGCUGCUUGCAUUGGUAUAUAUGAGAAGUCUUCUAUUUGUAACGUAUUUAUGGCAACUGCAGGAAUACAUUUUCCCCUCACUAUUCCUUUCAGAUUUCAUGUUUACCAGCUGUCCAGACAUAUGUCAUUUCCUCUCUCUUGAUCCCCUUACUGUGGCUCACUCUAUGGCUCCAAAAAAAAAAAAAAAAGGAAAAAAAGGAAGAAGAAAGGGAAAAAAAAAAAAGAAAGUACUUUUGGUGUUAGCUGUGACAGUUUGUUGUUCAGAUUAUUGGGAAAUAUCAAAGGAAAUAAAAUAUUUUAAAUAGCCCCCUUUGAAUGUUCCACUUAACAUGACUAAUCUGCCUUUUAUAAUUAGGUAAUUAACUUUUUUUUUUUUUUAGUGUUCUUAACAUACAAGACAGGGUGAAAGGCAUGAGAAAGAGCCAUCGUUUUUGAGGAUGGUUAACACUAUCAGUGUUAUAGAUCUCUAAUAUGCAAUCUCUUGCUGCUAACAUCAAUACACACUCACAGUGCACCCAGUGAUGAAGGAACUGUUGCUGUGUAUGCUAUGAAUGUAUAUAAGGGAUAAUUUAUUUUCUUUUCUGUCUUUUUUCCUUUUGUUCUGUACUAAAGAAAAAAAAAAAAAAGAAAGUGAUAUGAAACCACAGAAUCAAUGCUAAUGUAUCACAUUCUGCUUCUGGCCUGAAUAUAUAAAAAUACAAAGAAAUUCUGUGUUAAAGCAGCAAAUUCCCUCCUUUACCAUGCUGUCUGAGUACUGCAGGGGGCUAGUGAAAAUGCAGCUCCAUGCUUGGGUAUUAACUGCCUUGCACAUGGGUGCAGAAAUCAUUACUGAUACCUAAGGAUAUUUUUGUAUUCUGUAGUACAUGCUCUGUGAUUCUAUGGCAAAGGUGUUGAGAGGUACUUGAAGUGCACCUAGUUGGUUGUUUUCUUUGGCUCCAGUAAAAAGCCCCUCAUUUGCUUUUGAAAUGGACUAAAUUUGUUUCUUGAACAUGUCUGGCUCUGCAUUAAUAGCGAAAGGAUGCUCUGAAUAUCCCUUCCCUCCAGCUUCUCCAGUGGUAUUCAGAAUGGCAAAUAAGUAUUAAUAAGGAAGCUUAUUAGUAGUGCUAUGAUGAUAAUAAUAAUUAAAGAAAUGAUGAGGUGACAAAAAAUGAGGCAAAGGACUGGAGAACUGAAAAGGAAAUGAAGCUGUGGUUUGGCUUCGUCUGCCUUUUCGUUUGAAAGAUGGUAAAUCUAAAGGACCAGCACAGAUGAAAACCAAGACCGAAUGUGGGUGAAGAAAGCAGUUUUAAAAUCUGUGCAAGCAGGGAUGAAACAGCUCCUGGAGAGGAAGGCACCACAGCAAACAGCUCCGUCGAACAAGAAAGAGAAAAGGAAGGGGCAAGGGCACAGAUGAAAGGGAAGAUGAAACCUGGUGAGAAGGCGAGGGGACUGCCACACACGCCAGGUAAAUGAGAUUUCUCAGUGCCUUCACCUCCCACAUGGCAAGGGCAAACAGCAGUGGUUUGAAGAAGACACCCAGCCCCUCUCUCUCUUUCUGUCUUCUCAAAAAUACACGUUUUGACGUGGGUUAGCGGGCAUAGUGAGGAUGGGUUGAUGGUUGGACUUGAUCUUAGAGGUCUUUUCCAACCUUAAUGACACUAUGAUUCUAUGUGUGUUCACUUUUCUGCUGCCUAUUCCACUACUUUUGCUGGUUGGUCUUCCUGUCUACCCUCAGCACAGCUCACCAUACACCUUCUAGAAAAUAAGGCUUUUAUAACCAACUUAUCUCAUUUUUUUUCCAUCCUUUAAGAAACAUUCAUUUACAGAGAAGGGGAUGGUGAGCUUCAGCAGAUUCUGCUGCUGAAAUACAUCCAUGCUCGUUCUCCCUCAUAUUCAGCCUCUGUAUUCAUGGCUAUUAAGACAAAACAUAUCUGAGGUAUUUUUGCUGGUUCCAAUUUAUCUUCACGCACGGAGGUUACACUUUUCCUUGACCUCCUCGACCCAUUCUAAUAUUAACAAAUUGAGAAUUUAUAUGGGUUUCUUUCCAAACACGAAGUUGAUUAGGAAUUUAGGAAACAUUGGUGAUUUAGAGAUUAACCUUUUUACAGAAUUACUGACAUAAACCAGAGCCUAUUACGCUAUUAGAAUCUACGUAAAAGAAAGCCAACUGAAAAGCAUAUUUAGAGCCACGUAAAAGACCUUCCAUCCACCAGUUUACUUCUUUUUUACAGCAGAGAAAUCUGAUGAAAGGAAAGGAGUGAGCGCAAUCCACCUCUAAAGUUAUCUAGAGGGAAGCAGGGCUAUAAAAAUAUUACAGAAACCAAGCAACAAUCUUCUGCUGGCAUGACAGAGCCUGUAAUCGGGUGGGUGGCUGUGAAGAGCCAAGCUGAAUGCUGCAGAGCACUGUAAUUUUAUUGCAGUGUGGCUGCUUUAAAGCAAACCCAUUUGCAAUGAAAUCUGUACUUCCGUGAGAACAUGGCAAUUGUUUUUGUUAUAAAGAUAACGUCACUUGUUGGCAUUCAGAAGCAAUUAUUCAGCCUUUAAGCCAAUUACUGCUCCAACUCACCCUUGCUGGUGUGACAGUUGGUUGAGAGAGGCAAACGUAGCAGGCUGCGGUGGCUAAAGAACAGCAUUGUGUGUGCCUGUGCUUGGCAAACAGCACAUAAUAUGCUGCUAAGGCACUUCUUAUUUUAAACCAUUUUGCUGCUCUCGUGUUCUUCACAUCCUCACGCAGUAACUACAGCCAGAGAUGUCCUUCAGCAUGGGUGCUAUGGGAACCCGACCGAUCCCGUGCCGUGACUGAGCUAACAAUGCCUACACCCGAGAUUUCAAAGGUAAUAGAAUUUCAUAGGCAGAGUGAAUCAAAAGUUGGUGGGAGGGACGCCCUGAAAAUCCCAAACUAAACUGCAAGAACAGCCCACAGCUGCAGAAUUCCAGAGAUUCGGAUUCCUUUAUCAGCUGCCAGCCUUGUGAAACGCAUCUGCAAUCAAACCUGUUUGCAAGCUGAGAGCAAAUCAUGCUCCUGGGAGUAAACCCAAACCUGCCUCUAACCCAAUGCCUCUGCUGACAAUUUGGCUUGCCAAGAGGUCUGGUGCAGUCCUACCCAAGCACUUCUGUGGACCAAAGGAGAUGCUAAGCUGGAUGAACAAAGAGGGGCUGCUGAGGAAUGAAAAGGAGCUGUGCUCUGAUUCUUGAAGAGAUAAUGCCAAACUGCUCAUUGGGACUAUUUGUGUUUCUUUUUUAAUUUCCUCUUUCACAAAAAAUAAGACAGGAGAAAUCUGGUGGCUUGGAGCAGAAAUGAACACUAUUUGGUUGCAUUCUCAGGGAGCCUGCUAUGUCCUCAAGCUAAUAAUCUCUAUAUAAAGGUUGUGGUUCAUUGGAAAGGCAAGAAAUACCAUAGGAUUAUGUUUUUCUCUUGUAAAAUCUUUCUACCACUUAAGUUUCUCAACCUCUGCUUCAAACAUCAUCCUUAGGAGUGUUUGUUGCUGUUGUUGUUGUUGUUUCUUCCCAAUAUAUAUUAAUUAGUAUAUGGGACAGACAGACAAAUUAAGUAACCCUUUCUACAAAUGAUUUGUGAAGAAAUUACCCAAGAACAUGUUUCCGUUUAAAGCUCACAACAGACCAAUCACACUUGUAAAUAAUUGAAUAAAUAAAUCAACACUGUAUGUUAUUUCACUGCUUUUUUAUGGGUUGUUCUGAAAUUACCAAUUAACCAUUGUAGGCUGUGCCUUUCUGUAUCUUACAGUGGCUUUUGGUGAAGACCAAAUUCUAGUUUAGAUGGAGCUCACAGCUGGCAUUUUCAUGUUAAUUUGAAUAUGUUGUUACUAAUUUGUUCAACUGAAACUAAGGAAUGACACAAUAAACAAGGCACAGUUUGACUUCUCACAUUUUAAAUGAAAAAACAAAAAACAAAAAAACCAUUUCCAAAGUGUCUUAAUAAUUUUACCUAAUUAAAAAUAUAUAGAAAACAGAUUAUUCAAAUGAUCUGUACAUAGUAACGUGAGCAAUUUGCUCUUCCAGCAUAAGAUGAAUUCAUUACUAUCCACAGUCAGAGCAAAUCUGAUGGUGUAUCCUUUAGUGAUGCAACUUCUGACACACGUUGUAUUUUAAUAUUCACUGUCAAGACAGUUUCAAGGUUAAGAAUAUAAGGAACUUUGCAGACAGUAAAAAAUAGACAAAAUGCAGUUGAAUACCACUAGGAUGGGCAUAGGGUGGGAGUAAAAGCACACAGAGAAAUCUAAAGACAAUCUGCCAAAUGUGGGAAGA